CGCGCGGCGGCGGCGGCGGUGGCGGCGGCCCCAGGUACGCGGACAAGAUGGCGGUUGCAGCGGUCGACAGCGCGAUGGAGGUGGUGCCGGCGCUGGUGGAGGAGGCCGCGCCCGAGGCGGCGGGCCUCAGCUGCCUCGUGAACCUGCCGGGCGAGGUGCUGGAGUACAUCCUGUGCAGCGGGUCGCUGACGGCCGGCGACAUCGGCCGCGUCUCCAGCACCUGCCGGCGGCUACGCGAGGUGUGCCAGAGCAGCGGGAAGGUGUGGAAGGAGCAGUUCCGGGUGAGGUGGCCUUCCCUUAUGAAACACUACAGCCCCACCGACUACGUCAAUUGGUUGGAGGAAUAUAAAGUUCGGCAAAAAGCUGGGUUAGAAGCCCGGAAGAUUGUAGCCUCGUUCUCAAAGAGGUUCUUUUCAGAGCACGUUCCUUGUAACGGCUUCAGUGACAUUGAAAAUCUUGAGGGACCAGAGAUAUUUUUUGAGGAUGAACUAGUAUGCAUCCUAAACAUGGAAGGAAGAAAAGCUUUGACCUGGAAGUACUAUGCAAAAAAAAUUCUUUACUACCUACGGCAACAGAAAAUCCUAAAUAACCUUAAGGCUUUUCUUCAGCAGCCUGAUGACUAUGAAUCCUAUCUGGAAGGAGCUGUCUAUAUCGAUCAGUACUGCAACCCUCUCUCUGACAUCAGCCUCAAAGACAUCCAGGCCCAGAUCGACAGCAUUGUGGAGCUUGUUUGCAAAACCCUCCGAGGCAUAAACAGCCGCCACCCCAGCUUGGCCUUCAAGGCAGGCGAAUCCUCCAUGAUAAUGGAGAUAGAGCUCCAGAGCCAGGUCCUGGAUGCCAUGAACUAUGUUCUCUAUGACCAGCUGAAGUUCAAGGGGAAUCGGAUGGAUUACUACAACGCUCUCAAUUUAUAUAUGCACCAGGUCUUGAUCCGCAGAACAGGAAUCCCAAUCAGCAUGUCACUGCUAUACCUGACGAUUGCUCGGCAGCUGGGAGUUCCGCUGGAGCCUGUCAACUUCCCGAGUCACUUCUUGCUGAGGUGGUGCCAAGGGGCAGAAGGGGCAACUCUGGACAUCUUUGACUACAUCUACAUCGAUGCUUUUGGGAAAGGCAAGCAGCUGACCGUGAAAGAGUGUGAGUACUUAAUUGGCCAGCACGUGACCGCAGCGCUGUAUGGGGUGGUCAACGUGAAGAAGGUGUUGCAGCGGAUGGUGGGAAACCUGCUCAGCCUGGGGAAGCGGGAAGGCAUCGACCAGUCGUACCAGCUUCUCAGGGACUCCCUGGACCUCUACCUGGCCAUGUACCCGGACCAAGUGCAGCUUCUGCUCCUCCAAGCCAGACUCUACUUCCACCUGGGAAUCUGGCCAGAGAAGUCUUUCUGUCUUGUCUUGAAGGUGCUUGACAUCCUCCAGCACAUCCAAACCCUCGACCCCGGGCAGCACGGGGCGGUGGGCUAUCUGGUGCAGCACACGCUCGAGCACAUUGAGCGCAAAAAGGAGGAGGUAGGCGUGGAGGUUAAGCUGCGCUCUGAUGAGAAGCACAGGGAUGUCUGCUACUCCAUCGGGCUCAUAAUGAAGCAUAAGAGGUAUGGCUAUAACUGCGUGAUCUAUGGCUGGGACCCAACCUGUAUGAUGGGCCAUGAGUGGAUCCGGAACAUGAACGUGCACAGCCUGCCUCACGGCCACCAUCAGCCUUUCUACAACGUGCUGGUGGAGGACGGUUCUUGUAGAUACGCAGCCCAAGAAAACUUGGAAUACAACGUGGAGCCUCAAGAAAUCUCGCACCCGGAUGUUGGACGCUAUUUCUCAGAGUUUACCGGCACUCACUACAUCCCAAAUGCUGAGCUAGAGAUUCGAUAUCCAGAGGAUCUGGAGUUCGUCUAUGAAACGGUGCAGAAUAUUUACAGUGCAAAGAAAGAGAACAUAGACGAGUAGAGUCUCGUAGGGGACAUUGUACCUUUGCUGCUGCUGCUAUCUUCCAAGAGAACAGGAUGCCAGAAGGAGGUGUGUCCGCGGCUCCUCCGGAUCCACACCACCAGGAGUGCCGCCGUCUCACCGGCCGCACUGGCUGCCGCCUCCUCAGUCUAGAUGAUGUGUGCUCUCUCCUCAGCUGCAAAGACAAUGUUGCUCUCCGCCUACACUAGUGAACCCACUCGCAAGGCACUGUGUUCAGUGGCAUGGCUUGUGUGCUCGUCCUGUGGUGACAGUUCGUGACAUUCUGUCUUCAUGAGGUCUCACACGCGAUCCUGUGUUCUUUUUAUCCACUUUCCACCCUGACAUCUGUCUACAUUCGUCUCAGAACAUUUCACUUGCUGGACAGAUGGAGUUAUACAUUCGCAAUAAUUUCUUUCUGGUUUCUCUAGAACAUGAGCAGUCCUCAGUCAGGAUCGUUUUGUCUUUCUAUCCUGAAUUUAGUUGCAUAUUCAGAGGUGAAGUCGUACACUAACUUGCAGCAUCUUGCAGAUGGAGACAUUAACAAGCUAAUAGUAAUUAGAAGCAUUAGAAUUUAUUUUUUGCUAAUACAUGAAACACAGAUUUCAAGUGUUUUAUCUUUUUUUUAAUUUAAAUUGGGAGAAUGACAAUUUUCCCUUCCAUAUUCCUCUUGGAUGUAUGCACAUUUCUACAAAUCAUGAGCUUUCUAUUUUACUACAUAAGAUUCUUCGAGAAAAUGCAUAAUAAUGGCCUUUAUGAGUGGACUUUUCCACAUUCAUCUACUAUUCCUGUCUUGAAAUGACUACUUUUAUUUUUUUUCUUUGAGCUCUGCUCCAGUAUCAUGAGUAGGUCUUAAA